UGCCGUCCAGUUAAUCUCAGUUUGAUCUGAAAUUAGCCAUGGAACAUGUGGAUUGGUUUAUUCAAGGUGUCCUGGCUCUUUAAUCCAGCAAGAAGCGCAAUAACAAGCCUUGACAGUGGAAAUAUAGAUGAUACCUUAAACAAUGCAGAUGUUGCUUUAGUGAAUUUUUAUGCUGACUGGUGUCGCUUUAGUCAAAUGCUGCACCCCAUCUUUGAGGAAGCUUCCAAUGUCAUUAAGGAAGAAUUCCCAGAUAAGAAUCAGGUGGUGUUUGCCAGAGUAGAUUGUGAUCAGCACUCGGAGAUAGCCCAAAGGUACCGGAUAAGCAAGUAUCCAACUUUAAAAUUGUUCCGGAAUGGAAUGAUGAUGAAGAGAGAAUAUCGGGGUCAAAGAUCAGUGACAGCAAUAGCAGAUUAUAUACGGCAACAGAAGAGCAAUCCCAUUCGAGAAGUAUUCAGUUUGGAAGAAAUUAACUCUCACGAUCGCAGUAAAAGAAGCAUUGUCGGAUACUUCGAACAAAAAGAGUCAGACAACUACAGGACCUUUGAAAGAGUAGCAAAUAUUUUGCAUGACGAUUGUGUCUUCCUUGCUGCAUUUGGGUCUGUUUCCAAACCGGAAAGAUUUAGUGGGGACAAUGUAAUCUACAAACCGCCAGGGGAAAAUGCUCCAGAUAUGGUCUACUUGGGUUCUCUGACGAAUUUUGACUUGGUUUAUGCAUGGACUCAAGAUAAAUGUGUCCCUCUUGUUCGUGAAAUUACGUUUGAGAAUGGAGAGUUCUCAAAUCCUGGGAACAAUGGUACCAUGCCAUGCGUAAAGGUUUCACACAACUAUGUAAGACUGCAUCAAGGAUACAAGAUCCAUGACUUAGAAUCAGGGCAUUUAGGCAAGAAAGCAGGUUCGAUAAACUUUUUACACGCUGACUGUGAUAAGUUCAGGCAUCCACUUCUCCACAUUCAGAAGACUCCAGCAGAUUGUCCUGUUAUUGCUAUCGACAGUUUUAGACAUAUGUAUGUCUUCUCAGACUUCAGUGACUUGGCUGUUCCAAGUAAACUCAAGCAAUUCGUACUAGAUUUGCACUCUGGGAAGCUGCACAGGGAGUUUCAUCAUGGCCCAGAUCCGACCGAUUCACUGCCUGGUCAGCCCCUUCAGGAUAUAGCGAGCAGCCCACCAGAGAGUUCAUUCCAGAAGCUAGCACCCAGCGAACAUAGGUAUACCUUAUUGCGGGAGAAAGACGAACUCUGAAACUUGGAAACCAUCUCACAAGCCUUUCAGACAGCAGCAAUGACUCCUGUGGGGUGGAAAUACGAAAACCUCUAUUUUCAUAAAUUCUGUGUAUUUUUUUAUUUUGAAAAUUUUUUUUGUUUUGUUUUUCUCCCUGGGGUUUGUAAAUAUAUGUGGGCCAUCCGGGGGACAGCAUCUAUUCCAAAGCUCUGCUGCUGCUGCAAAUUGCUCUGUAAAACUUUUCUAAUCCAAAAUGAAGGUGUCAAGAGUGCCAGUGAGAUGCUGUCCUCUUUGCACUGUUCUCCCCGACAAACUGGACUCCUGGGUUUCCGUUGGUGUAAUUUGGUAGCAUGGCCCACCUUAACUUCCCCCUCUGCGUGAACAUCAUUUGGUUGUCCAUUUGUUACUGAAGGGAUAUUCUGGAUACUUGGGAGGGGGAAUAAA